CUCGGAUGGAGCAGCUUUUUCGGAGCAGGGAUUUCUCCGGCCCGACUAACACCGAACCGCAGGAUUCCCGGCUCGUCAUUAUCAAUUGUCUGGGAUAUGGGAAUUUGAAUGCCCAUAACUUGCCAGAGGCAACAACACGCCAAGUCACCAGCAUACAAUGUCUUUAGUCCGCACCUUACGGGGUGACUUACCGCAGCAGGCGCGAUCACUGUAUCGACAGCUGCUGCGGCAAAGCAACGAAUUCGGUUCUUACAAUUUCCGCGAGUAUGCGAGGCGACGGACCCGAGAUGCUUUCCGAGAAAACUAUGCGGUGGAAGACGAGCGCAAGAUUCAGGAGUUGAUUCAGAAGGGGCUGAAGGAGCUUCAGACGAUGAAGCGACAAACGGUUAUUGGACAGUUCUACAAGAUGGAUCGAUUAGUGGUCGAGGGAGGACAGUCGGGCAAAGAAACGAAAUCAGGAGAGAUAGUACGGCAAAGAGAGCAAGGUUACGACUGAGUUAAUGAAAAGCAUGCGAAAAUGACAAUGAUAAAUCUGGAGGGAUUGAUGGCUGUAUAGUAGGGUGGCAAUGGGGCUUGUACAUCAUACAUAUAUCACAGGAGCAUCGAGAGACCGGCUUUUCGGCUCGGCUUGGGAGUAUUGCGGGAUCGUUACGGGACAAACUUUAGACUACACAAUCUCAACACCGAUUGCGAAAACUCGCGAGCGCCCAAGCUGGCCUCACCCGGAGAGAGCUUUGGCCUGUCUGUAUGACCUCGAUGCCCAGAUUUAGUGCUGCAGGUCACCAAUUGAGGGCAAGGAAUGUGCUGCUGCAGUAUCUCAUCUUGCACGCUAGAUGCAGCGCUUCAUGUGAGGUUCUGCGUGAACGGUUAAGGUGGCGGCUAUCGCAAAGUACCUACAAUGCAAACUCCACGCCACUUAUAAAAGUUUACAAGAUUCUUAAGUUAUCG